UGACGCCGGGUGACGCGCCCUUUUGUCCACUGACUCCUUGAGCAGCUGCAGAGGUCGGCGUGGGGGCGCCCCUCUCCGCAGGCCAUGGACGGCGGAGCCCCCUCGGUGCGGGAGCUGCCCCAGCGGCUGUGGCCGGGCCAGGGAGGCGAAGAGCAGCACCUUCUCCGGAGCCUGGCGGCCGCGCACGCCUUGGCCAAGAUCAUCCGGCCGUGCUACGGCCCCCUCGGCCUCCAGAAGCUCCUGGUGACCGCCAAAGGCGAGACGGUGCUCACGGGGUACGCCACGGCCAUCCUGGGCGCCCUGGAGCUGGAGCACCCCGCCGCCCGGCUCCUGCGGGACGCGGCGCUCAGCCACGCGGAGCACAGCGGCGACGGCGCGGCCUUCGUGGUGCUGCUGGCCGAGGCCCUGCUGGCGCAGGCCGAGCUGCUGCUGCUGGCCGGCCUGCCCCGCGCCCAGCUCCGCCAGGCCUACGCCGCGGCCACCGCCGAGACGCUGGCGCUGCUGCCCUCGCUGGCCGUGCGCUCGCUGGGGCCCCUGGAGGACCCGUUCUGGGCGCUGCACUCGGUGAUGAACACGCACACCCUGUCCCACGCCGAGUCCCUGACCCGGCUGGUGGCCCAGGCGUGCUGGGAGACCAAGGAGCUGGACGGCACCUUCCGCCCCGAGCGCCUGGGCGUGUGCGCGCUGCGGGGCGGGCAGCUGGACCGCUCGUGCCUGCUGCCCGGGCUGGCCGUGCCGGGCAAGCCCUGCGGGCAGGUGACGGCCGUGGUGGGCGGCGCCCGGGUGGCGCUCUUCGCCUGCCCCUUCGGCCUCGUCGGUCCCAACGCGCCCGCCACGGCCACCCUCUCUAGCCCCGCCGAGCUCGUCAGCUUCCGGAAGGGAGCCGAGCAGAUGACGGAGAAGCAGGUGCUGCAGCUGGCCAUGGGGGCCGUGAACGUGGCGGUGGUGUGGGGGCACGUGGACGAGAAGACGCUGGCGCAGGCGGACCAGUGCGGCAUCUUGGUGAUCCAGGUGGAGGCGCUGCGCCAGCUGGUGUGCCUGAGCGAGGUGCUGGGCACGCCCGUGAUGCCCUACCUGCUGCCCCCGCUGCCGCUGGGGACGUGCCAGCGCGUGUACCCGCAGGAGCUGGGGGAGGGCUCGGCCGUGGUGUUCGAGUGGGAGGGCCGCGACACGCCCGCCCUCACGCUGGUGCUGCGGGCCGCCACGAAGGAGGGGCUCCGCGGGGCGGAGCAGGCCGUGUACCACGGCAUCGACGCCUUCUCGCAGCUGUGCCGCGACCCCCGGCUGCUCCCGGGCGCCGGGGCCACCGAGAUGGCUCUGGCGAAAAUCCUCGCGGACCGGGGCGCCGCGCUGGAAGGGCCCAGCGGGCCCGCGCUCCUGGCGUUCGCCCAGGCCCUGCGGUCUCUCCCCGCCACCUUGGCGGAGAACGCGGGCCUCGCCGUCUCCCAGGUGAUGGCCGACAUGACGGCCGCGCACCAGCACGGGCACUUCCUCAUGGGCGUGGGGGUCGAGGGCGUCGUCAACGUGGCGCAGGCGGAGGUGUGGGACGCGCUGGCGGCCAAGGCCCAGGCGCUGCGGGCCGUGGUGGACGUGGUGCUGCAGCUGGCCUCCGUGGACGAGAUCGUGCUGGCCAAGACGGGUGCCCCGCCCCAGCGGGACCCGGGGCCCGACCCCAGGGAGGCCCAGGAGCGCCCGGCCCCCGCGGGGGACAACCAGUAGCAGCGUCCUCAGAAACAGGGGGGCUGCCAAGGAGGGCACAGUCACCCCCAAAAUGAUUGUUGGCCUUAUUUCCUCCAUGUGUGGGACAGAGUCCAUUUCUUUAGGUGAAAAAUAACAUAAAAGUCCUUUUCAUUGA